ACAACAGCAGCGCCCGUACCGUAGCGUUAGCUGCAUGCUGCUGUUGAAUGAGCUGGGGUCUUUCAGCUGGAACAAUGUCUUCGGUUGAGAGUUUGAGAGAGUUUGUCACCGAGAGACUGACUGCUGCUGCUGAAGAAAUAUUCAGAGCUGUUGGAAAAACUAUCGUCGAGUACGAGGAAGAGAUAGCUCGGCAGCGCAGACUGUUGGAUGUCGUUUGGAAACCAGAAAUCAAGUUACACAGGAUAGAGCUCCCACAGCAACAUGUCUGUAAGGAGGAGGAGGUUCUCUCUGACCAGCAGCUCUGUAUUCAGGAGAGGAACUCCCGUCUGGACCAAGAGGACCCAGAGCCUCCACAGAUUAAAGAAGAACAGGAGGAACUGUGCACCAGUCAGGAGGGAAAGGAGCUUGUACUGAAGCAGGAGACUGAUGCCUUUACGUUGACUCCUACUUAUGAAGAAAGGGACCACAGUGAAGGUCAGACUCUGAACUUCAAUCCUGAUGAUGGCACUCUAAGUGCAGCGGAGAAAGAGUCUGUAGCCAACAUGCCCGUUAUAACCUCUGUGGAAUCAGAAGCAAACGGUGACCACCAGCUCCUCUCUCACAACUCUCAUGAAGCUGAGAGCCGAGAUCAGAAAGGAGGCAAGCGUGGAGACUCGGGAUCAACUAGAAAUGCAGAGCCAGAACCAAAGCAGAGACGAGGCAAGAGCAGAAGUCCCAGCAACAACGUAGACAACAGUAACCUGUCAGAGAUUCCCCCUAAUACUCAAACUGGUAAAAAGUCGUCCAUAUGUGACACAUGUGGGAAAGACUUGAAGUUUAAAUCCGCAUUGCAGAGACACCUGAGAGUCCACACAGGUGAGAAGCCGUAUUCUUGUAAAACGUGUGGGAAAGAUUUCAGAAAAAACAGUGAGUUGUUGGUCCACGUGAGAAGAGCCCACACAGGUGAGAAGCCGUACGUUUGCAAGACCUGCGGGAAAAGAUUCUGUGACGCUUCAGACUUAUUAAAGCAUACCAGAACUCACACAGGCGAGAAGCUAUAUUCUUGCAAAACAUGCGGAAAAGAGUUUGGCUAUAAUAGUAACUUGUUGGCUCACAUGAGACGAGCCCACACCGAUGAGAAGCCGUACGUUUGCAAGACCUGCAGGAAAAGAUUCUGCGUCGCCUCAGACUUAUUAAAGCAUAUGAGAACUCACACAGGUGAGAAGCCGUAUGUUUGCAAAACAUGUGGAAAAGAGUUUGGGCAAAAUAGUAACUUGUCGGUCCACAUAAGAAGAGCCCACACAGGUGAGAAGCCGUACGUUUGCAAGACCUGCAGGAAAGGAUUCUGUGACGGUUCAGACUUAUUAAGGCAUAUGAGAACCCACAGAGGAUGAAAUCUAAAUCUAAAAUCGAUCACCGUUUUUGACAAUAAAGUUCUAGUGGUUCAUAGUCAAAACUGACCAGAACCUUCAGACGUGAGGAGCAACAUUUUUGCAGCAAUUGUGGGAAAAGUGACCUGAGGAUCACCACAGACAGGAGAAACCAUCGAGCUGAAACUCUGGUAGAGACGUGUUUAACUGAAUGAAAUACUUUUGCAGUAGUGACAUCUCUGUUACUGAAUGUUAAAUAUUAACAAAGAUGAGAUGUAAAGAUCUUAAUGUAAAGUUUCUCUUCGUAUAACCAGUCCCUCCAGAAAAACGUGAUUAUGCGAUGGCAUAAUUCAAUGCAUAAUCAGCCAAAGGCCGCAUAUUUAUG